AUGAACACGAACGCACCCCCCUUUCAGCAGCUUCACGAUGACAUCGGUUCGUUCCUCCGAGGACCGCUCGACCCAUCAAGCCGUGAUGUGCGAUUCGGUCACCUGUCUCUGCCGCACAAUCACUGGGCCAGAAUCAACAUAGGGGCCCAGAUCAUCGACUCGAUCCACCGCACGGAUAGAAGUAUGGGCAUCGCUCUUGUCCUCUCACCUGUAGAGCUUGAGCUCAUCGAUGGAGAUUACGACGGUCUCCCUGAGGAUGCCGGACCUUUCAACUUCAAGGCAAUAGACUACUCCCGUUGCCUUCACAUUCUUCGAUCCAAUCGCGAGACCCCCGGUGGCCAAGGACCUGCGGCAUGGAAGAAUGAGCCCCAGCCUGAGGGCUGGAAUGAAGACAAUGUGUGUCCGGACAGGAUGAUCUUUGUCCUCUCGCUCGAUUUGAGCCUCCGCGCCGAUUGUGCUUUGGCUUUGAUCGGCCUUGUUCAAUGGGCCUUGGACGUCUCGCAUCGUUGGACGUCCAAGAUCCGCCUCCUCACUGUUUCGAGCUGCUUGAACAACAAUCUACUGUCCGCGCUGGUACGACUACGCGAAGAUUUCCCGGUGGCACAUUUCGAUUUCGAUUCAAACGACCUCGAUCCCCCAUCUCCCGAUGCUAUCGUCCAUGCGCCGCUUUCCUGGGUUCCCCGCUGGGUCAGUAAUGUCAUGCGAGACGCUGACUUGGGGUCUAGACAUGCCAUACUCUACGUGCCCACGUCUGAUUUUUCCACCUUGCUGGGAAUGACGCUCAAUGAGCGCAGCCCUCUAUCGGCUGUUUUCUCCUGGCUGGGUCAGGGAGAACACUUUACCUUUGCUGGCCCGAUCCUCGAGCGCCUCCGUUGCCAGAUUCCCGAGGAUGCCCCUGAGUCCCGGGCGAUGAUCAUCGAUGUCGACCCGGAGUUCCCCAUCCCCGGUUUCCUCGAUGGGUUUACGCAUGCUCACAUCGUUCUUGGCACUGAAUCAUGGGGGAUUCUUUUCGACGCCACCAGCCGGCAGCUAGUCUCGACCAUGUACGAAUUGACAGCCGACGAACGACACGCCAUGCAAUGGUGGUGCCAGCAGCCCAACAUCCCUGAGGAUAACUUGCAUAUUUAUGCAGGACCCGAUGGUCUGGAGGGCUACCUUGACGCUGCACCAUCUCGUCGCCGCGUGCAUGUCGAGAACACCCAGGCCGGAGGCUUCAUCGCGGCCGUUUUCGAUAUGGCUCCCUGGGGAUUAGACCCAGCUCGGGUCCUUCCAUACUUCAUCCACUCCUCCCUCGUCCUUCAAGAGAUGAGCAACCGCCUCUUCGCUCAAGGAAUCAUCCAGGCCGCCCCCCAACAGCUGGCUCUUCGGGGCCGACAGGUUACUACCUUUCGGGCCGUCCUUCCGCACACGCAAUAUGACCAUCGACUCGCCUACUUCAUCGCACUAGAUUCAUCAAACUCUACAGUUCUGUCUAUUAAACUGCAAGUUGCGACUUUGUUGAUGAUUCUGCCAACGCACCGCAUCCAGAUAAACGCUGAUGUGCUGCCAUUGGCUGACCUCGUCCAGACUUGUUGGGGCUAUGGCCGAGGACUAGCAUCCACUGGAUACCUUUGGAUGAUGCUUGGACUUUGGAAAAGACUAGCCUUGGAGCACGGAGAGUUUAACUUUCCCGAACACUUUCAAUACGAGGUUGGCAUUACGUUGAUGGCGGCUCAGGGCGGCAUCCAGGUAAACUCCAUUGCGGCACGGCUCUUCCGCCAUUUCCUGUGGGAGUUGAAGGAAGAUUUCAGUGUCGAAGAGCUGCCCGAAGUUAGCAUCGCUGAAGAAAUGGAUGAUUUGACCGAGGCUCAAGUGACUGAGCUUCAGCAGCAUCUACUUCUCGCUUUCAUUCACCAGCUUGUCCUGACUAAUCGCGUCAGUGACACAGAGCUGGAGCAUACAAUCGUUGCUACCGGCACCAAGCUGGUCCGUGUUGAAUCUGGACCCGACCAUUUGGGAGUGGCAACGGUCGACAGGUUGGGCAAGAAUGGCACACUCUUUGGUUUUUGCACCAGUCUUUUCCGGAUAGAAGGGGGUCACUUGGUUGGUAAGGGCUGGACAUGGAUCCCAAGCGAUGUCGUCACGGAGUGGAAGGAUCUUCAUGCACCAAGCCAGACCUUGUCUGAGGCGUUGGCAUCGGGUGUUCGUCAGGGACUGUAG